AUGGACGAAGCGCCGCCAUACUCGCCCAUGGCUUCGGUGACCGAGCGUCGACUCCCGCAAGAAUACGUUCUGCCUCAAGAAUACCAUGCCAGGCAAGAUGAAGAGGACCUAGAGUUGGUGCGCCCUAAGAGCACGACAGAGGCACGACAUGACCCGCGGACAGACGCGCUGGGCGUUCUCGAGGAGCAGAACACACUCAUGGCGGUAGCUACAGCACCGUCUACCUUGGUGUUUCCUCCAGAGCCACCUCCGAUGUACGCCCCUCUCGACACCCUCGCACACAGCUUCCGGCUCGAUGGUCCGCUGAUCUUUGCCACCAAGACAAGUAGCACGCCACGAUACCAGCUGAUGCAGGAGUUCACGCGGUCUGGCCGGCCACGGAAACUGCACGUUAGGCGGUUGAUGGCGAGCGAAUCGCGGUCGCAUUCGCUACCUUCGUCGUCACAAGAGCCCACAUGGCCGCAAAUAGGAUACGAUGAGGAAGGCACUAUGUACACAAUAACGCCGUAUGAAAUGAAGGGGUUGAGAUCUUCGACUCUCCCGGGAAUUAUCAAACUGGAAUCGGGUUGGAGCAUCUUGGGCGGGAAACGGACUAAGAUAUUCCAUGUCCAGAAGAACGCGCGCAGAGACAGCCUGAAUCCCGAGAACAGUGCACGGAUGCAGAAGUAUGGGUACCAUGCUGACGAUGAGUGGGACAAGAAGUUGCUCUUCUCUGUGAGAAGGGGAAGUUGGGAGGAUGGUGUUAGUAGGAGGGUUGCUGUUGAGGAGCAUGGAGACGAGGGGGCACAGUUUGAGAUUCUGGAGGAAGUGAGCGGGGCGAGGAGAGAUUUGAUGGUGAGUUGUUGGGUCAUGAAGAUGUGGAUGGUGAAGGGAAUUAGGUGGGAGGGGGAUGUAAAGGGGUGGUAA